AUGAAUUUGACGAAACGUACGAUUCUGAAUAUAUGGUGGUAUACAAGGGAAGGGUUCUUGUAUCGUCUACUAAAUAAAGCACUUCGUCAACAGGAUCAUUGUGAAAAACUUAAAGAAAUUGAAUGGAAUGUUCAAGUUUAUUGUGGUCAAUUAAUGUCAAAAGAAGAAAUUAACAUAUUAAAAGAAAACACACAUUAUUUACUAGCAAUUAACAGUUUUCUAUCGGCAAGUGUCGAUAGGGAUUUAGCAUUAAUAUUUUCUGGAUCUCCAUCAAAUUCCUUAGAUGAAGAUGUACAAUCUGUUCUAUUUCAAAUUUCUCUCGAUAAGUUGGAAUUUGAUAAACCAUUUGCUGAUAUUACAAGAAAGAGUUUUAAUGAAGAUGAGAAAGAAGUCAUUUUUGCACCCGGUGUGUUUUUCUGUACACAUGAAGUCAAAUAUGACGAAAAGAAUAAAGUAUGGGUGAUAGAUUUUGAACCUAUGGAGCUGAAUAGUGAUAUAAAUUUGAUUUAG